GUUGCGAUUACAGCUACUAAAUGUUUAUAUAAGGACUUACAUAUCUAUAGACUUCCAAGCGUGCUCAUGACGCCUGUGAAACUUGUUAGACACAAGAGUGUCCAUCGGUCGGGGGUUGCAACUGUUCGGGUCAGUUAUCUACUACUACCUUUUAUUGGCUUCUCCCAUGCUAUUUUCAUUAUCUAUGGGCGGUUACGGUCCCAGCAACCGCCACGACCUGGUAGUCUACAGAACAAAUGAUCAGC